GGCAGCACUGAUUGACAUUGAUAGGUGGCACUGACUGGCACUGAUGGGUGACAUUGAAAGGCAGCUCAGAUGGGCACUGAUAUGUGGCAUUGAUGUGCACUGGUAUGCACUGAUAUGUGGCAUUGAUGUGGCACUGAUGGGCACUGGCACGUGGCACUGAUGAGCACUGACUGCUGGCACUGAUGGAAACUGACAGGUGGCACUUCUGGGGCCACACUGAUCAUCAGUGUUCUGAUGAUCACUGUCAGCGUCACAGCUCGAGA